AUGGAGUCUUCCUUGCCGAGUGACAACAACGGAGAAUCCAAACACAGAGAGUCGAACGAUCCCAAACAGGAAGGUAAAGAUUCAACAUCUACCAUCUGUCUACGUCGUUCUCUUGGGUUUCAGCUUAAUGCUUGCUUCACAUACACAUCACGCCUUCGAGGCACACGAGCACCCACAGAUUAAGAAGAAGAGUAAGCAGGGGACGAAGAGGGAAAUAAGUCGUCACCACCACAUAUUACGCUAAUUAGUCAACCUGUGGAAAUAACAAAAGAAUCCCGUUCGUCUAAAUUCCAAUCUAUGCCUGAUUUUGCAUCAGGUGUCACAACAUAACCCGCAACAGGAAUCCCUAUGUGGGCAAUAUCUAGGAAGAACAGAAGAAGGGGAACCGGAUUGCAAUUUAUUUAUUUAUUCGUUGGAAUCCUAGCAAAAGCUACUCCAUUAUCCGCUAUCAACGCACUUAAGAUGAAUGAUUGAUUUUUGGCGUCUCCUGCAAUGUGUUUCUCAUAUCAGUGCGUUACGACCCCAGGGUUCAUUGGAAGAAAACCUAGUCUCUUUUAGACGAGGAUCCUCUCUUUGAAAACAAAAGAGGCAGGGCUCCUCGCCAGAAACCAUACCCGAUUCCAAUCCCUCAAUAAUGCAUCGUCGCUACCUUUGUUUGACGUAUAAUCCAUGACUAAAACAAAUGCCAAACUUACCUCCUGAAUCGGAUAAAGCGGCUCCUCAAAUGUCUCUGUGACUUUCACCGGGUAACUUGUAGCUUAGUCUUGACAUAUGAAGCAACAGUUAAGAGACAUAAUUAGAGGAUCUAUCUGACUUGUUCCUGGAGGCACGAAUCAUAUGGUCUUUUGAGAAAUUUAUAUAACUAUUAGAUGUGCAUUUAUGUGUAACCUACCAUGUGUUUGGGCCAUUCAGUGAACAUUUCAAUAUUCAAGGAAAUCUGUGUUCAUGUGCAAUCUAGUUCAGAGUAAACUAUGCUGCAAUAUUUCUGAAGGAUCUGACGUUCAUUGGGUAUGCUUCAAAACUAAUCAAGAAAUCUUGAAAACAUAGCCUGAUCGCAGCAGUUUUAGACCAAUGUGUUAUUGUAUUUCUCUCCUAGGGUAAGGAGUUGGAUAAACAGUAACCAUCUUGUUUAACGGAUAUCCGCACUAAAAAAAUUAAAGCAGCUCAAACAUUUUUAGUUGGCAUGUGUGACUACAAUGUUAACAGCAUCAACGAAUUUCGGGAGGCGAGGAUUACUUUAUUUGAUAACAAAGUCGCAGCUUAUUUACUUUGACAAAUACUAUAUGUUUUUUUUUUUUUCAGAAACUAUAUUAUCACACAUGCAUCAAGCUAUAUUAUCUGUUGCAAUGGGUUUGUGUUAUUGAGCUUGAUAUGUUUGAGUCGAUGCAACCCAUUAAAAUUUGACAUAAUUGUGCAUUUUUCAUGUGCCACUAUUCAGGGUUCCUUCCUUAUAAUGUUUACAACAUGCAUGCUAGCUAUGUAUACAAGCGUCGGAAAUUGCGAAACUCUGUUGCUCUGUUGUCAGAGGACAAUUGUGCUGGCAUCACAAAUGGGAGCAAUACUUGUAAUUCUGGCCUGAAUUAUGGAUGCACUUCCUGGGAAAAAUAUGAGCAUUAUCUUAAUGGGAUCCCUUCACUUCCUGUAAAUACAUCCAUUUCUGUACAACUCCAUCAGCAGAAACCUGUCAAUGCUCAAGCCUCACAGGCUGAUGAUAAUAGCCACUUGGUUCUCCCAAGCCAGACCACUGAGGCGCAGGAGAAAUCCUCGAAUAAGCCUCAUAAACUGUCCCAGAGGUACAACAAUGUAAAUGAUAGUUGUUCUUCUUCGAAGUGCAUCAUGGAACAUGAACUUUUCUCUGAUGUUACUUGUCGUGCCCAGCCAGUAGGACGUCUGGCUGGCAGUAGCUGCAGCUUGGCGAAUGUCUCUUGUGCAAGGAACAGUGAUGAUCUCGCUUCUCUCGUGUGCAAAUUGUGUGGUCUUAAGGAUAGCCUGCAGAAGAUGUUAAUUUGUGAUCUUUGUGAAGAGGCAUGGCAUCUAUCCUGUUGUAAGGUGAAGAAACUUCCAGUUGACGAAUGGUACUGUCACCCCUGUCUGAGUAAGAAACCAAAGGUACCACCAGAGACUCUCUCAGAAAAGUUAUUUUAUGCCAUGAGCGAAAAGAAGAGGAAAGAGAUGUUACAAGAGAAGUUAGGUCCAAUUUUAUACAUGUUAGAAGACACAGAACCGUAUACUUCGGGUGUCAAAAUAGGUGAAGAUUUUCAAGCAAAAGUUCCUGAAUGGGCCAGGCCAACUUCUGAGUAUGUUUUUAUAACCAGCUGUCUUCUUCGUUCUCCCAAGCAGUUUCCUUUUUUUCCUGAAUUACAAUUAUACUUAAGCUUGUUAAUAUCUAUCAAUGUGCUUCUGUGAAUGUCAACAUGAUAUGUUUUACCACCUCAUGAUUUUUGCUCAUAGGGUGUAUUUCUGGGACACACAUCCACGUGAAUUGUUAUACAAGAGUUCUUUGUACAUUCCCAGUUUUCCCUCUAGUAAUAAAGCUCUGGUCUGGUCUUGGAAAAGUGCGAAUCUCAGUCAAUUUUUACAGAUUGUUCGAAUGUUGUGAUUACAGUUGAAAAAUCUCUUUUUGUUGUGAUUAAAGUCUAACUGACAUAUGUACCCCCAUAAUUCAAGGAAUUGGCUAAUUCAAUUAUGGGGUGGGUUAUGAAAAGGGUUGAUAGAACUAUAAAAACGUUUUGACGAAAAUACUCAAUAAAAGUAGUUUUAAGUAUACUUCUUACUUAAUAAAAGGCUGUUUUAUGUUUUCAGGAUUGUUCAUGAAUCACUCCAGAUGAUCUCAUUAGGGUAAUCUGACCUUGGAUCCCAAUUGCGUUGUCGUGAUGAAUGUUUUGUAAACAUAAGAAACAUUCUUUUGGUGAUUGUCCUUUGCAAUCACGAAACCUAUUAAUAUGGGGCGUACAUUUUUUGCAUUGAUUUUCUGCUCUCUACGUUAAUGUGAAAGAGAAUUUGCAGAACUGCAUCAGUUUCAAAAGCUUUUAUGCUCAAAUUUGUAUAAAAAGAUUGAGGUUUAUGGUUAUCUUUUUGUAAUCCUAAUUUUUUUAUCAGUCAGGUUGUCAAGUAUCGUUUUAACAUGGGGUUCAACAAGUCUGGUGUUUUGGUUCACCUUCAUACAUUUAAUAAUAUAUCUACCUUACUAGUGUAUGUUCAUUAAGCUCCAAUUAAAUGAGCACGAUGGAGGUUCUAAUGGAUGUUUGCUUUCAAAGUCUUGACAGAAGAAAUAAUGGCUCUUAUUCAAUAAAUAUUGCUUCUCUUCCACGAAAAAUUCAUCUCCAUUUCUUUGAUGUAUUGAUUCAAAAUUUUAUGCUUGGUGUUUGUACCGAUUCAUUUUCCUUGAUCUUCAUUUAUGUAUUUAACUAUGCAUUUUUGUACGAGAUAAGAGAGUUUCUAAAGAUUUUACUAGAUUCUGUGAUUUUUAAGUUGCUUUUUUACUAACUCAUCAUCUUGAGAAUAUUUAUUCACCGGAUUCAUUUUGGUUAAAACUAAAUUUUAUUCCUUUCAAUAUGUAAUAAACUCCUGGUUGGAGCGAACCCUCUCAGCAUUUCAGCCAAAGGCGGGUUUAACCUAACAACUCCCACUUCUUGAGGCAUGCAUAGUGCUUCAGUUAGGAGAAGAUUUUUAUGCUGUGGAGCCUUCUUUCAUAGUAUUGCGGGGUAAAGUAUUUUAAGUUGUUUACUAGGUGGAUUUUCGUGAAACAAUUAAACAGUGGGCAUGCUAAUGAAAUCUUGGGUUGGGUGAGUAAUAUUUCAAAUCUACGACGGGAGAUUUAUAUGUGUGAUUUUGCAAAAUUGGAAGACUUCUACUUUUUCCUUGUCACGGGAUCAUACUAAUUUCAGGUUGAUUUUUUUUAAUCAACACAAUUAUUUGGCUUGAGUUACUUUUUUCAUCGUCCUAAUGUAUAAUUUUAUUUUAGCUCUGUUUUCCUGCUGCUUUCUUGUAAUCACAAUGAGAUGUACUCUUUUCUCUUUGAAUUCUAGAGUCUUGAUCGGUGGAUAUGAUUCUGUAUAUACCAAUCGUAAGUGACAUUCCUGAGAGUCACUUCCUAGAAUACAUGACUUUAAAAUUACUUCAUAUUUCUUUAAGUUGGAUUUAUUCUACACCUUUACCUAUGCUUUGUUUUUUGAAGGCAUCCAAUCAUGGAAUUUCCUAGUCUAUGCUUUCCAGUGCUUUAUGGGUUAUGAACUCCAUGAGGCUCUCUAACAUUUGGUUUUGUUUUUGUAUAGUGAUGAUGAUUAUUUUGGUAAGCCUUUGGAAUUGAAUCCUACCGAACGAGAUAGCUUGAAUGUAAGGUGUCUUCUUUGAUUACUUUUUUCGGAAAACACUUUAGAAUGGUUCCUUAGAUGGUAGAUUUUUUACGUUUCUUAUUUUACUUUUAGUGCUGUAGUCAGUCAUCAAGUUCUGGCUCAACUAGCAAUUGGCUUCAGUGUCGAGGAAAGGUUCUGCGUUGGACAGAGGGGGAUGAACAGGGAAUUGUAUGUGGAAAGUGGCGAAGGUAAACUGCCUUGAGCCCUUUCAGAAAAGGUUUCUUAUGCAAUAUGAUGCCAAAUUAAUUUUAAAUCGUCGGAAUUGAUGGGUUUUGUCAAUUAUAAUUGAAUCUUAAUGGCAAUAAAGGAAAAAGAAAACGACAAACUUUCUUUAAUUUUUUAGUUAUGCCUUGGUUGCGUAGAGCCUUUUGGGAUAUUCUCGAUUCUUGUUACUCUACUGUGGGCUAAAGUUGGCUAUAUGCAUAUUCUUUUAUUCUAUAUAGUGUUAAUAAAUUUCAAAUAAACUUAAUAUGAUAUAACGGCUGUAUCUUGUAACUAACAACACCCAUUCGACGCGACGACCAUAAUUAAUUUAAUAAUGCCUCAUGAUUCCUUUCAUCCUCUUCCUGGACACAAUCGAACUGUCGUUCUCUUGUUUCCGAUAUAUUCCCCUUUUUUCUUUAUGCUAUUGGCAUUAUCAUAAAACAUUUUCCUUUGUCAAAAUUUAUCCUUGAAUUCAGUUUUUUUUUAUAGACGAUGCAUAUUAUUCCAAGCACCAGAAAAUGAAAUCUUUCCUGUUUGUUUAUAUUUGCAGAGCUCCUCCAUUGAUAUCUCAAACUGAUGAUUGGGAUUGCUCUUGUGCUGUUAUUUGGGAUCCAAUACACGCUGAUUGUGCCGUUCCCCAGGUGAACUUCUGGCAUUGUAACAAUUGUAUUCUUACGAGGUCAUUAGAAGAAAGUAUGCAAAUAUGAAGUACUUUUUACGUUGCGAUUUCAAUAUUUUAAGUUUAUAUCCAAUUUAAUCGUUGUAAUAAUGAAUAUUGAUGGAGAUUUCGGUGAUAACUUUUGCCCAUUACGCCAUCAAUGGUUUGUGCAGAUUCUCUUUUUUUGCAGAAAUUUCUUACCGCGUAAGUGUACUUAUAUGCCUUGUGUCUGAGUGGAUAUGCACCUAUAUUAUAGUCUAG